AUGUCUUCUUAUUAUUCUUUGUUAAGAGAAAAUGAAAGAAAAAAUCAUCUGCGACCAAAUAAAUUCCCACCAUAUGGACUUGCGAAUAGGACCCGGGGUGAAUACCGAAAACAAGGAAGCCCUUUAUCCCCGAAUAAACUUACUGCAAAUAGCAUCACUUGCGGAAAUGUUAUUAAAUUCGGGAUGAUGGAGCCUAUUUCGGAGGGAGGCCACAGCGGUCAAGACUACCUUUUCCCGAGCCAGUCGAACCCCAGCCGAGGCCACGACCCCGCGUACCUCCCCUAUCAGCAGCAGCAGCGCUACGUCGACCCUUCGGAGAUCAUCCCCUUCCGGCGAACGCAGCCCGGCUUUCCCCAGCAGCCCCCUAGCCCCUACCUGCAGCCAAGGGAUCUGCAGACAUCGGACCUGCCUGUGCACCUGCAGCACACGCUGCCCCAGUACAGGUUCACCACUAGCCAACCGCAACUCUUCAAUCAGUUUCCUGACGCUAACCCCUUCCAGCAAUUCUCCUUCCAAACGCAAAACUCCGUGCAGCGCCCUUCUGCGGACACUUUCAGCUCUAACUUCGACUCCCUCCAGCUGCAGCCCAAACCCACCACAGCCAGACCCAACUACUCUCACCUCUUCGCCAAGAGUCACGUGCGCGGGGGAGGGGACCCGUUGCAGACGGAGACCUUCUUGGGGCAGAUCACGCUGCAGAACGCGCCGGAGUUUUCCGGGGGGUUCGCGCCUAGUCAGGGGGCGUUCCCGCAGAAGGGAAGGGAGGUGGGCGGGGCCAGCGGGUUCGGGAAUGGUUUGGAAGAGGGCGGUGGAGAUGGGGUGGGACAAGGUGGGAGGCCGCACUUCUUGAAUCACAGAACCAGAAUUGUCGCUCCAGACUCUGACAAGAAAACAACCAGACCUCAAGUCAAGGACUACUUCGUCAACGAGAACGGCGACGUUUACAGUCCCACUUCCCCAGAACCACAAACACCCCCUGCCAUCCCCAACAAGGCUAAAUCGCUAACUUUCAACUACGAGAAAGACGAGCCCAAAAGGCAGAAAUCGGUGGACCUCGACACGCUCCUUGAGGAACCCCUCAAAUACAAUUUCGGCAACAACAACGACGACGAAGUGGAGGUAGUCAAGUCACAGGGCAAACAAAGGAAGAGCGAGAAAAUCGUAGAGGAAACUCGGGGGAAUAACGACAACAACUACGACGACGAUGUUGUCAAGUCGAGAGGAAAACAGAGGAAAAGCGAGGAAAUCGUAGAGGAAAACCGAACUAAUAACGACUCGAGAACUCGGGAAAACGAAGAGGUGCACACGAUGGUACCGUUCGAUAGUACCGAGUACUACUCGGGCAGUUACGAGUCACGUGACGGGGCUAACGAUAUCCAGGAGAGCGAUUAUCCCGAGGAUGGGGUAGGAGAAUUCGACAGUCGAGAAAAUGAGAACGAUCAUCUCAAAGAAUCCAAUACACCCCAAGAUUCCACAGCUUUUGCCGGCACCAGAGUCGAAACCACAACUCUUCCACCAUCCGUGACGAUUUCCUCUUCCGUAACAGCGAAAAACCCACCCGGCAGUGAUCGAGAUGAUUCGGGUCUGGUCAUUUCGGUGGUCACCAGUAAGACGGUGGUGAACAAUACCGUGAUCGCGUCUGCGACUCCGUUGCCCAUCGUGACCAAAUCUUUGAUGAGCACCACGGAACCUUCGACGAUGAUACAUGAAAAUUCGACGGACACUUGGGUCGUUAUUGCUUCUGUGCAGACGAGUAGGAGUGUCUCAGGUGCUAGGUAUCUUCCGUCUUCCAUAGUCGAACAAGAUGUCAGAGUGAAACUAUUGAAUGAACAUUCUCAUGAAGAUGACGAAGAGGAUUACGAUGACACUACAACGGAAGAACGGGAAGAAGAAGAAUUCACUACAGUAACUGUGCCAAAACAUAAAACAUCGACUGAAAGUCUCAUUGAUAAGUUGGAUAGGGUUCAGUCGGAUUUGUCUAGUGGAUUAUUGACAGGAGGUUUGGGUAACAACAUCGCCGUCAUAAAGGAAACCCCCGACAUGGAAGCCAUCAAGCUCGCCGCUCCUGCCACCACUAGAGCCCCCUACCCGCAGGUCCACAUCCGCAAGUACUCCCCAGCCAACCGGCGAGCGACCACCAAGAAGCCCAGACCUCAACCCGGCGGAGCGAAAAAGAAAAUCGCCCCGCCACGUACCUCGGAUAUCGCCUCCAUCAUCUCCUCUGACUACAAAUUGAAUGCCAGUGACGACAGGAGUUCGAAGUUGCUGGAGGAGAUUUUGAACAGGGCGAAACUCCAGAGGAGUGAGGAGAAAUCUAAGAAGAGGGAAGAUUUAUCGAAGUUGUUACCCGCGGGGUACAAUAACACAGAGGGUGGACUCGAGAUUGUCGACGACAUUUCCAAGUUUCUACCUCCUGGAUAUCAGCCAGGUAAAGCUGAAGAAGAAUCGACGGAAAGCAGUGUUUUGAAGCACACCAAGCUAGAUGACAUCUCCAAAUUUCUGCCACCUGGCUACAAACCUCCUAAAAGUGAAGAAAAGACGACUGAAAGCAGCAUUUCGAAGCACACGAAGCUUGAUGAUAUUUCCAAGUUCUUACCUCCUGGAUACAAAGAACCAAAAACUGGGGAGAAAACGACUGAAAGCAGUGUAUUGAGGCACACCAAGCUAGAUGACAUCUCCAAGUUUCUGCCACCCGGAUACAAACCCCCUAAAAGUGAAGGAGAAUCGACUGAGAGCAGCAUUUUGAAGCACACGAAGCUCGAUGACAUCUCCAAGUUCCUACCUCCUGGAUACAAAGAACCAAAAAGUGGAGAAAGAACGACUGAAAGCAGUGUUUUGAAGCAUACCAAGCUAGAUGACAUCUCCAAAUUUUUGCCACCUGGCUAUAAGCCGUUCAAGAAUGAAGAGAAGUCUACCGAAGGCAGCAUUUUGAAGAAUACGAAGGCAGAUGAUGUGUCCAAAUUUUUGCCGCCGGGUUACAAAGUGCCGAAAUACAAGAGCCACACUACGGAAAGUAGCAUUUUCAAGAAUACCAAGGCCGACGAUGUUUUAAAAUUUUUGCCGCCUGGGUACAAGGCACCAAGAACUACCACAGAAAAGGCAGAAAAGUCUGAUGAUGUCAUAAAAGAUCUGAAUCCACGACCCAUCGACAUAUCAGCCUUCUUACCACCCGGAUACAAACCCUCGGAGGCCCCCUCCGAUCUCCUGCCUCCAGGUAUCGCUGCCAAUUCGACACCAAGUCCCAUAACGACCACUCUGAAGCCUGCUGGAAAUUCCAAGGUGGUGUUCGCGUCCAGACCUGGCGGUGGGGUCAGGAAAUCUGCUACGAGGACCACCCCCAAGACCCAAGCCAUGGAGGCGGCAAGGAACACGCCGCCCACCAUCCACAAAGGAUGGCCUUCCAGAGCCACCACUGAGUUCACCGGCUGGCCCUCCCCUCCCACCACGCCGAUCUCCAUCGAGAAGCUGCUGGAGGCGGCGCGCGCAGCUUCCUCCACAGCGUCCCCGAGUGCCGACCCCACCUCAACCACCACCACAACCACAACCACCACCACGACUACCACCCCGCGGCCGACCACGCCGGGGGUGUGCUCCAAGGAGUGCGAUUUAGCGGCCACCGUGAAGUUGGUGGGAGGUGUGGAAUGGGAGCCCGAGUUGCUGGAUAGGAAUACCAAGGAGUGGCAGGUGUUGGCCAAUGAGGUGCAGAGUCAGCUGGAUUAUGUGUAUAGUUCAUCAUCUCUCUUGAACAAAUGGUAUAGAAAAAUCAGGAUUGAUGGAUUCAGUGAGGGUAGCGUACUCGUGGACUACGUAGUCGAAUUGAACGAUUUGGGCAGAAGAAUUAAUACCCAAGAAAUCAAAAAAUUCUUCCACGAAUCGUUGGACGACGCUCUCACGACUCUGGGCGGCUCAAACAGAGAAGGGAAAUCGUUGAACGAGUCCCUAAAGCUGGAAGGGAAACUAUCCAUGGGGAAUUUCAUCGUUGACCCGGCGUACACAGAUUUCUCAGUGUUACCAAAACAUGAUUAUCCCACAGUUGGAUAUGCCGAGAACGAUGUUCUUCUUCCACAAUGGGCCAUUGCUGUCAUAGUUAUUGGGCUAGCAUCUCUGCUAUUUGUUAUCAUCUUUGGAGUAACAGUGUUGGUUAACCGGCAGAAAAGUUCGAAGAAGAAGAACCCCGCCCCAUUGACUGAAGAUAUGCUCAACGAAUUGAACAAAAAUCACAUGGGAGGCUAUGACAAUUAUGGCGCUGAAGACUUGUACAAUAUGGAGGACGUAUGGAACGAAAGGUCUUAUGAACAGAAGCCGCCGAAAAAGGUACUUCAAGUUACAACGACAACUACUACAAAACUAAUAUUUAAAUGCUUCGAGAAGGGUCUAGCGGCGGUUCCAUCCACGACAACAGCAUGUCGAACUUGUACGACAGCUGGCGCUCGGAGUGGAACGGCUACUACUACAACGCCUACUACGGCAACCACGCAGCCGGGGGCCACGGCCACCACCACGCGGGGGCCGGCAGCAGCCACAGUGGCGGCGGCCACAGCGGCGGUGGCCACAGCGGCAGACGGAGGUCCGAUUACGACACCAACUUUUGAGCGGGUGGUUAUUGAUGAGGGUUUCAGGAGGAUGAUGGGCUCUAGAACGGCUCGAUGUAUUUUGUGCUGGAGAUGAUGAUUUCGAUUGUUAACGCGAAAUCGUAGUGCUGAUUUCAACUUGUAAAUCGGAAUCAGUGCUAAUUUCAGAUUCGUCCAAGUUUUGCCUUGGAAAUUGGGAUUAGUGCAAAUUCAAACCCAUAAUUCGAUGCUAAAUUCAAGUUAUCAUUCGAAUUCAGUACUAAUUAUUACAGUUCAGUACUAAUUUCUAGUUAUCACUCGGAAUUCGUAAUUUGUGCUUAUAAAUUUUGAAUUAUCAUUCGAAAUUUGUGAUACAUGCAAUUAUUCAUAACUCGAAAUUUGUUCUAAUUUCGGUUUAUAGCUUAGUUAAUUUGAAAGAGUGAAAGAGUGUUGAUACAGCUAAAAACAUCGAGGUGUUCUUGAGUUGCCCACAUAUGAGCUACUACAUACGGUUGAUAGAUAAAAUUCAUCAGAGAUUUUCUCCUCGUUAAUUCACAUUCCAGAGGCAUUAAUAUUAUCCCAGAUAGCACAAAAAUACUCAUAGAAUGUUUUUUAUAUCUCCCAGACAUCUUAAAGACGUACAUUUUAAGACUUACUUACGUCUUUACGUCCAGGGACGUAUAAAGUACGUCUUUAAGAUGUAAAUCCAUGUACAUCUUGAAGGCGUACACGAAUUUACGUCUUUAAGACGUACAUUUUAGGUCGUAUCCACGUCGUUCCUCCCAUGUCGUAUAAAAUACGUCUCAAAGACGUACAUACCAGUACGUCAAUUCGACUUAUAGAACAAUAAUGUAAGUUAUUUUCUGAAGAAAAACAAAAUGUCAUCUCUUCACGUUUUUUAUUUUCAAUUGUUCAGUUUUUUCUUAUUUUCAAAUUCUCGAAUUUUUAC